CAGAAGGCAAAGAGGUUGCAGGAGCCUUGCAGGGAUGGAGGUCCGGACGGGACUCUGUUCACUGUAUAAGUUGGAAGCAUCUUAUAUCUCUUUGUCUGGAAACCACAUUAUCUGAUAAGCAAAGAGGGCUGAAGACAGAAGCUUGUCCAGGGCUUCUUGCAAUUCAGGUCUUCUGAAUGAAAAGAUCUUUCGAUAUCCAGAAGAUCCCUUGUCCCCAUUUGGAGCUGUGUAGGAAAAGAGAGAAGAAAUGGACACACAAUACCCAGCAGGCAAGGGACCUGGGAAAGAAAGAUGUAUGGAAACCCAGACAGGAACCGGGCAGAAGACCCUGGAGGAGAAAACCAUCAGUUCAGAGGUCCAGCGCAGGCUCUUCAGGAGCGUCCAUUACCAAGAGGCCAGGCCCCCCCGAGGGAUUUGCAACCAUCUUCACCACCUCUGCCAUGAGUGGCUGCAGCCAGAAAGACACACGAAAGCUGAAAUGCUGGAUUUGGUGAUCCUGGAGCAGUUCCUGGCCCUUCUGCCACCAGAGAUGGCGAGCUGGGUCCAUGAAUGUGGGGCAGAGACCAGCUCGCAGGCGGUUGCCCUGGCCGAAGGCUUCCUCCUGAGCCAGGCAGAGGAGCAGAAGGAGCAGAUCAAGUUGUGGGCCCCAGAGGUAGUGACUGAACAUCCUGAGGCAGGCAGAAAUCCAGCAAACCCCUCUCAGCAGCAGCUUUUCCGAGGGAUCUCUCAAGAUGAUCCAAGUCAGGACGCUUCAAGAGGACUGUCUCCUUUUUCGGGUGGACCAGAAAGAGCAGCUGAAACUCCAGCUCAAGAUUUCCUGUCCUUCGAGGAGCUGGCUGUGUAUUUCUCCAAGGAGGAGUGGUCUCAGCUAGAUCCUAACCAGAAAGCCUUGCAUGGAGAAGUCAUGCUGGAAAUCUCAAGGAACGUGGCCUUUCUGACUGUUAAUGGGCAGCACAAUGAAAAUGACAGGGAACCAUGCCAAACAAUCAGUCAGAAAGAGGGAAAAGAGAAGAUUCAAAUGGAACAAAAGAGCCCUGGAAAAAAACAAUCAAAAAGUGGGGGAAAGAAAAGCUUGAUUUUUCAGUGCGCUCAAGUUCAAGGCUUUCUUGCCCAACAAGAUCACAAAGGAAAAGGAAGGAAAAAUGUCAACAUAUUCAAGGACAAAUUUGAUUCCAGUAAAGAUUACAGAACUCACAUUAAAGGAGAGGAGUAUCUAUAUCAGGAGGAUGAACCCUCCUACACUUUAACUCUUUCUUCAUGUGAAAGAAUCAAGAUGGGAGAGAAACCAUACAGAGGCCUAGAAUAUGGAAAACCCUUCAGCAGAGGCACUUCUCUGACAGGCCAUAAAAGAAUCCGCAUGGGGAAGAAACCGUAUCAAUGCAUGGAGUGUGGAAAAAGUUUCCAUGAAAAUAAGUCUCUUACUAUUCAUAAAAGAACCCACACAGGGGAGAAACCAUACAAGUGUGUUGAGUGUGGAAAGCAUUUCCGUGAAAAUAAGUGUCUUACUAUUCAUAAAAGAAUUCACACAGGGGAAAAACCAUACAAGUGCAUAGAUUGUGGAAAGAAUUUCCGUGACAAUAGAUCUCUUACUAUUCAUAAAAGGACCCACACAGGGGAGAAACCAUAUCAAUGCAUGGAGUGUGGAAGUAAUUUUCGGAGGAGCAGUCACCUUUCUUCCCAUAAGAGUAUUCACACAGGGGAGAAACCAUACAAGUGUGUGGAGUGUGGAAAGAGUUUCCGGGAAAAUAGGUGUCUUACUAUUCAUAAAAGAAUUCACACAGGGGAAAAACCAUACAAGUGCAUGGAGUGUGGAAAGAGUUUCCGUGGGAAUGGAUCUCUUACUUCCCAUAAAAGGAUCCACACAGGGGAGAAGCCAUUUGAAUGUAUUGAAUGCGGAAAGAACUUCCAUUGGAAGAGUCAACUAAUCUCCCAUUCAAGAAUCCACUCAGUACGAGAUACAGAAGAGAAGGAGAAUUGAAAUGAAUCCAAUGCACUGACAUCACAAUCACAGAUGAACUGAGGAAAGAGACAUUUGGGGAUAACAAAACAAAUUAGGAAAACUUCUUCAAGAAUGUGAGAGAGAAAUCCUGUACUUCUGAAUGUGCCACAAUCCAGGUCAUCGUGACCAACCAGGACCACAAAGGGGAACUGCCUUGUGUGGAAAAAGAUUCAAAGAUAAAUCAGACUUAUGUCGAUGGUGUAAAAUUGAGACUAGGGAUAACCAAUAUGGAUACAGAAAACACAUAAUAUUUUUCAGUCAAAGGCUUCCUCUUACUUUAUAUCAAAGAAUCCACACUGGAGAGCAACAGUAUGAAUGUAUAAAGUGUGGGAAGAGCUUCAAAGAAAGAGUGCCUUUUCAUAAAAGGAGCCACACUGGCAAGAGGCCCUGUAAAAAGAGGUAGAAAAGGCCUUUUUCAAGCAGUGGGGCUAAAUUUUGCCUUUCUGUGGUAUGACAAGGGUCAGGGUACAAUCUGAAUUUGAAAUGUUCAUAUAUACCAUUAAUAUUAAUGUAUUAAAUAGACUUGGUAUGAUUACUUUCUGGUGAUAUAUUGAAUGAUCUCAUUCAUCAGGCAUAUUAGAAAUUACAGACCAGGCUUUGGAAGACUUUGCGGGGCCGGACUUGAGUCAUGCACUGGCUUGAAGUCAUUUUCUGAAAGAGCGCUCAGCAACUGUUCCCAGUAAAACUGGAGAAAGGCAAUAGAUUUUGUUUUUAACUCCUGGGGUGUCCUGAAGGUAUGGUCAAAAAAGUCAAGAUGGCAGCCAUGAUGGCACAAUUGAAGUUCCACCUGCAUUUUAUGUGUGUCACUGGUGGAACUUUUAUCAUGUUGUUGCAGCCACCAUCUUGACUUUUUUCUUACCAUACUCUGUAGAUGCCCCUGUUAGACCCAACAUUUUCAAAAUAUUUACUAAGGACUUGUGAUUGUAUAUCUGAUUUGGCAAUGAUACAAAAGUGAGCAGGAUUGUAAUGCUCUAAAGGCAAGCACAGAAUUCAAAGACUUCUCAAUAGAUUAAAAAAUCACCUGAAGAUAAUUCCACAAUUGUGACAAAAUAAUCCAAUCUG